UUUACUAAAGGAGAAAUAUAUAUAUAUUUUUUUUUAAUUAAAGUUUAUUUAUAAAAAUGUCUUACACAGAGGAUAUCGAUUCGUGUGAUUUUGCGAAUAUUUCGGAGCUGGAUUCUGGCUCGGCGCCAGAGCCAGAGCAACUGGCUCUUCUUCCCCCAAAUCAUCCGCUCUUGUGCAAGUUUCAAGAGUCUCUAAAGGAUCAUUUGUUAAGGACUAAACAAGACUUGGAAAAUGAAAUUGCCGAAAUAAAGUACAACGUCAAACUAAAAGAGCACCGCCGGGAAGAGCAAGGGUUGGCUUUGUAUGAAAUGCAGCAAAAAAUGGCAUCCCAGGAAGAACAAAUUAAAGAAAUAUCUUCGGUAAUUGAAAAGCACUUGAAAUCUCGUGAAAUAGAAGAAUUUAUUUCAAAAAAUUUAAAACAAGAAUACGAAGAAAAAAUUAAGCUCACCAAUUCUAAAAAAACGAUAUAUCAUGAAAGAAUGGCUGAACUAGAAGAUUUACAAAGCUUGGGCAGUAAUAUUAAAAAAUGGACUUACGAAGUAGAGAAUGAAGUAAAAAAUGCUAAACGCAUUGUGAGCAGAGAUGAACAGCUACAAAAGCAGCUGUCUCAAGAAAAGCGAAAGUCGGAUAUACUCUUUUACCGCCUUGACAUGGAAGUUAAAAAAAGAGAGUCGGAGAAAUUUUCAAUUUGUGAAGAAGAAGCUGCAAUGAAAGAAAUUGUCAAUAUCUUAAAUAUGAGCAUAGCUAACGCUAAUACAGACCUAGAGGUUUUACAAAAUGAACAUAAACGUCUUACACAAGCAUGGAGUGAAGUGAUUAUUGCAAUUCAGUUGAGAGACAACAUUUUAUUUCAAGUUCAGGAUACAAUAGGAAAAUACAGGGAGUCAAUAAAACUUAAUUUGGCCGGAAUAGAAUCUGUUAAAAAACAAAUUGGAAAGGAAAUGGAACUAAAUAAAAAACUGGAAUCAUUCAAACAACGUUUGGCUGACGAUACUUAUCUAUUAAGACGGGAUUGUCAAGAUGAGAACGAAACACUUCUUAGGCUGCAAGGCAAGCUAGAUGAGCUCCCAGAGUUUCUUAAUAGUACGGAAUCUGAUCUGCAAGAAGCAAUUCGAGAUGGCACCCGACUGUUUUCUGAAAUAAGAAAACAUGAAUUCACAGUUGACAAAUAUCAAAACCAAAAGUUUCGAUAUGAGGAUGCUACAUUAAAGAUGGCUCAGGAUUAUUUAAUUACUGAUAAGGCAACCUCAUACCGUUUGAAACUGUUAAACAAAUCACAAGAACGACGUCGAAAUGUUGAUUUAUCAUUGUCAAAAGUUCAGAAUCAACUGGCAACUUCAAUGCUUCAGGUCGAGAAUCUAAGAAGUGCGGUUUUUAACGCGAGAAAAUAUAAUGAUACUACAAAAACAAAAUUAAAUAAUGCUGAAAACAAAUCCAUUACCUUGGAAAAUGAUCUAAAAAAGAUGCACAUUCAAAUUGAAAUCAAAAUGAAAUUGUUUGAAAAGGUGAAUUAUAAAGUAGAACAAAUGCAAAAACUAUUUGGCAAUGCAUCUGGAAAUCCUACAGACUUAAAGAUCAAGCAAUUUGAGAAAUCUAUUCACACAGGAGAGCUUCAAAUUCGAGAGCAUCAACAAUUUUGGAUAAUGUUGCAGAACCAUUUUGUUAAUUUGUCACAAAAAAGAAGCGACCAACUUAACGAAAUUCAAGUAACUCGAAAGCAGCUAUCCAUUAUAAAGCAGAAGUCGCUUAAAAUUGAUCAAGAGCUGGAAGUCUCCCAAAAAAAAAACAAGGACCUACAGCUAUUUAUUCAAAAAUUUACAUCGAAAUUAGAACUACUUAAUGACAAAAUAUACAAAAAGAGAAUGUUUCACGAUUUUGAAGAGACAGAGUUCGAGCACGAGCAGUCUGACCACACUCAAAAGCUUAAGGCCGCAGAGCUUGGAAUAUUGAAACUUGAAGACACCAUUAAAGAGCUUCAAAGCGAAAUCGAACUUCAUAAAGAUUUGGUUAUGGAUAAUCAUAGGGAAACACUAUCGUGGGAAACCAAAUAUAAAUUGGUCGAAGAAACUAUUCAAUGGAUCAAAUUAGAAAAAUCUGUGCAUGGUGAAAUUGGUGUAAUGAAAACCGAAAUACAUCGUAUGAACAUAAGAUAUAGUCAGCUUAAACGAGCACAAGAAAGACUAGUUCUUGAUCUCGAACAUUGCGUUAUGCAUCGCGAACAAAUUUUUGUAAAUGCAUCAGUUCAAGAACACAUGCAAACAAAAAUAAAAAAAUCAAAAAAUGUUUCUCAAAUACAGGUAAAACUAGAUGAAGUUCAUAACAGGACAAAACUUAUCCGAAAUGAAAUAAAGUUUUUGUCAGAAAAGCAAUUAAUCGAUGAUGUAAACAAAAUUGAGCGCAUUAUUUAUAUGUUGCGCAGAAUUCAAACGGAUCUUAAUAACAUAAUAAAAGACGAUGCCAACAUUCAAGAUCGAAUAGAAGAAGGUGUUUUAGCUAAACACGCUAAUUUGGAGCAAAUAAUUCGAAAGCAGAUGAGGGCGAAAGCUUACCGAAAAUUAAAUCAUUUAAAAUCGCAACAGAAAAUAGUUCGUUCGGAAAAGGCAGUUCAACAAAUAUCACAAAAACAAAGCGAGCUUAAUUACACUCUAGUAGAAAGUGCCCUUGCACUUUUAUUAGACUUUCCUGAUAAGAAAACAUUUUUUACAAAAGUACUUCAUGUUCUAAAAGAUUAGUGCUUCCAUAAUUCUGUAUCCAAAUUGCUUUUUAAUAAAAAUUAUAGUUUUAAAAUUUAA